AUGAGCGCACCACGCCCACAACGUCCCAAGAAGAAACCAGAACCUGAAGAGAACAUUCCUGUCCCACCUGAGAAUAACAUAGACAUCAGACAGAUGAUGGGGAAGUGGUACUUGCUGAACCUGGCCUCCAAAUGCUCCCACCUCAUGAAGCACGGACACAACACAGAGGCCACCACCAUGACCCUGGGUAUGACCACGUACGGAGACGCCCAAAAGCUGUCUGUCAAAACCACAACAAGACAAAAUCAUCAGUGUUGGGAGAUUCAUCAGAUCUACGAUUUGACAGAAAACAGUGGCUACUUCAACAUCAAAGGAAACAACCCCAAAGAAAGUGACAUCAAAGUGACAAUCCUGGACACAGAUUACACUUCCUACGCCAUUUUGCUCUACGAGAAACAGAGAAGGAAGACGAGGCUUUCCACCUUGAAGUUGUAUACUAGAAGCGUCGCUAAGCUGCACGAACCCACGCUGCUCAAGUUUGAGACCGCAGCUGCCACCAAGAAUAUGGGACUGGCUUUUACGUUCCCAUUUCCAACGUACAGUCAUUGCAACACUGUGGAUAACGACCAUAUUAUUAAUUGUAUCCCGACAUGUUGA